AUGGUUGAACAGAAAGUGAAGAUUUUGGAUCGUAUUGUUGUCAGUGACACAGAUCCUUCGCUAUCGUUGGCUGAAGUGGCAAGUCUGAAAGAUGUAAGAGAAAAACUGGAAACAAAUUUUACCAUAGUAACCCGAAACUCGGAUGAGGGACAGUGUUAUCAGGAAGAGGAUGUGAUUACAGUCAACAUAUUAAAUCCCGCAGGUGAUCAACUGGAAACAGAGAUGAAAGACGCCAAAGACGGCAAGUACACAGUAACAUACACACCACAGUGUGUUGGACAACAUAGAGUAGAGAUCCAAGUUAAUGGACAGCCGCUGACUGGUAGUCCCUGGGUUGUACAGGUGAUUGGUCCGCAUCAGUAUCAAUUUGCGUUUCAAUUUGGAUCAUAUGGAAAAGAGCAAGGACAGUUUAACUAUCCUUGGGGUAUUGCUGUGAAUGAUAAAAGUAGAAUUCUUGCUGUUGCUGAUUACAAUAAUCAGAGAAUUCAGAUGUUUGGCUUUGAAGGGGAUUUCCUCAGAGAGUUUGCACUGAAGGGUAAGCCCUUUUCGUUGGCUUUUACCGAGUCAGGUGACCUCCUUGUUCGUCUAACCUAUGACAAAAGCACCACAAAAAAUUUACUCUUUACUGAAAAUGGUCAGUUUAUCAAGUACAUUGGCGGUGAACAUAUAAAGACACCAUACUACGUAUCAGUUUCCAGUGAUGGUCGCAUUAUCACAAGUGACUCUAAUGACAAGACAAUCAAAGUUCUUACAGGUGAUGGAAAAAACUUACUUCAGUCAUUCAAAGCCCCAGAUUGUGAUGAAACCCCAGACUGUGUCGUUUAUCAACAGGACAAAUUUGUUGCUUCUUUUUCUUCUGCAUGUCGUGUCAUGGUAUUUAACAACGCAGGGGAGUAUGUACAUGACAUUGGCAGCAAGGGAUCUGGUGACGGGCAGUUCUCGGAGCCCAGAAGUGUCGUUAUCGACAAGUUUAACCGUUUGAUCGUUUGCAAUAGCGGGGGGAAAAGAAGACUGCAACUUUUCACUCUUGAUGGAAAGUAUAUCGCUCAGAUAGCUGGGAGUAUUUUUGAGAAUCGCCACCCUUGUUAUGCUGUCAUCUCUAAUACUGGACAUUUGUUUGUUACUGAUUCACGGCGGCACUGUGUGUAUGUUUUCCAUUAG